AUGGGCACGCUGGAAGCUCGGUGCUCCUCGACGUGGUGGGAAGUGGCGUAUCAGUGUCCAGCUCGAGAAGAACGGAGCCAGGAAAUCGACUUCAACAGCGACCCCGAGCUUAUCAUCGAAUCUGAAGUCGAGGUCAAAGCUCCAUCUGGCGGACGGAAUGCACUGGAUCGUCUUCAAGGCAGAAAGCAAGGAGACACAGCCGACACAGCAGGUAGCAUUCGGACCGUGAACAACAUUGAUAUCAAUGCACGGCAGCCAAACAACCCACACGCCCCUACAAAGCAGCCUCAGCGCUCAGAAGACGCGCCGCUGAUGUCUCCCCGAACAGCUUUGGAGACUCUGCGAGCUGAUCGCUCUCUGAACUUACCACAGGACCAACCGUGGAUGCACCAGGACCAGAAUGGCAGAUGGGUCCCACGGGACGAAGGAUAUCGGGCAAACUACAUUUUCGUACCCCAUGGGGAUGGCAUCUUACAAAUCCGUACCUCAAAUUUGGUUGAGAGGUAUGGAAAUGCGAGAUGGGGUAUGAAAAUAGAAAUGAGCAAGGAAGAAGAAUUGAUGACUUCUGGAAGUAGAUCCUCGUUCCCCUGGCGACAAAGCCAUGGGAGAUGUCUCACGGAGUUGAAACCUUCAGAGUGGGACGCUCUCCGACCAGCCCAACUUCGAGAGAGCCCCUUCCUCUAUCCUCCGAUCAAGUCCAACCUCUAUGACGAGUCGAUGUCAUGA